AUGGCAGAACGAUCCUUUCUACGACUUCCCGAUGAGCCAGAUAAUAACUGCCCACUGAUCUCGGAGUCACCUGCUUCCUCAAGACCACCUGUCGAGUACAUCCUUACAACAGAUGGUCUCAGAAUCUCAGAAACCUAUGCGGCAACCACCACUGCUAGACCCGUCCCAGUUCUGAAGCAUUCAGAAGAUGGUUGGUCGCCAAAAAAGGCCUGGUUUUCUGGGAAAGGUUAA